GGUGUUUCCUACAUUCCACACUUUUUCCUACCUGACUUUACCUGGACUCCACGAGGACCUGUUUUCCCCCUGGCAACCAAGAUCCCUCCCACACCCAAACCUAGCCAUCCUCUUAUUCGGCGGUUUUGGGGAUACGUUCACCGCUGGCUCAGAGACUUCUCAUAUUUCUACUACUGUGACUGGGUAGGCAUUGAAUAUGAUAAUCAGAUUAUUCCACUUCCAUUCGGGCUGCUCUUGAAAUGGUCCGAUGGGACACGUCUCGAAGAAGUCUUCGCAACCAAGGUAUGCCGCGCUGCUGGCUUGCCUACCCCGAAGAUCCUCUGUUAUGGCGAUCACCCCGAGACUCCACACGCGCCAGUAUCGAUUUUGAUGACACGGCUUCCCGGCCGCGAGAUUGGACAGGCGUAUGAAUCACUCCGUCCCGAAGCGCAAGCCACUGCUCUCACGGAACUGAAGACUUACUUGGCCGCCAUCCGCCAAUGGAAGAGCCCCUGGGGCGACGAACGCAUCUGCUCCAUUACCGGCGGUCCCAUCCGUAGCGUUCGAGUCCCUAACCAUACUAUUGGUCCUUGCGAGACUCCUCAAGAAUUUCAUGAUUACCUAAUUGCACCAGCCUGGAAGUCUCCUGGAUUUGCGUCGCAAUCAGAAUACGAAGAAACUAUCCAGCGCGCUCUCAAGCUUCAAGUAUUGCAACGCCCUGGCACUAAAUUUACCCAUGGCGAUAUAAAGCACCACAAUAUUCUUGUUGAUAACGAAGGUCAUAUUACCGGCUUGCUGGAUUGGGAAUCUGCGGGCUGGUACCCUGAGUUUUGGGAGUAUACUACUGCUAUGCGCUUCCAGAGAAAGGAGUCUUGGUGGCAUAGUUUCUUGAUGGAAUUGGGCGCUAAGGAAUACCAGGAGGAGAUGGAAUGUGAGAGGGCAUUGAUAAGCUUGACGGCUGAUUCCUGGUCUUGGUGA